UCAGGCACCGAUUUUGAAAGUAUCAGGCAUAUUUCCAAGCUACUGGAUAACAUCACAUGGACGAAAGAAAUCAAAAUAUCGUGGACUAUAACGAAAGUUUGCGCAAGAUAUCAAACAGCCUUGAGAAUGCUCUGAAGACCUUUGGACCCUCUUCGAGGCAGUACCAAACCAUUCUUGAAAUGUUGAAAGAAUGUCUCCGGGAUAUUGAGAACGAAAGCCAAAAGCAAAGCAAAGCCCAGGUGGUUGACGCAGACAUGCUAAGCAUUGCCAUGGGAUUUUUAGAAAUUGGGAAAUAAAGCUGCAUAUAUAAUACAAU